GGAAAACAUUUGGUUACACAGCAAGAUGUUACAGAGCGACUCCGUUUCAAAAGGCCCAACAUUUAUCCUUUGAAAAAUAAAAAUGCCAUCUUGAUUGAAUAAAGGCCUUUCAUCUUUGUCUCUGUGUUUCCAAAUGACCAAUCUUUCUAUCCAAUUCUUUCUUAUUCCUCUAAUAAUAAUCACCAAUCGUCUUCUCUCUCGCUACCAAAACCAUUUCCACAAAAUGCUUUUCUUCAACUCUCUCUCCAUUUCUGCUCACUAAAAAAGGAAACCCAAAGCUCUCCAUUUCUUCAAAUUCAGUUUCUUCUUACCUCCAAUGGAAGGUACCCUUUUUCCUUCUAGGCCAGUGUAUCCACUCCCAGUCAACAGACCCACACAACCAAACCCUCCUUUGAAAUUCAGUUCCACUACACUUCCACACCCUCCACAGUCCCCAUCUCCUCCUUCAUUCCCCAUUGACUCCCUCCUCCAUCACCUUUCCUCGCCUCCCAGCGUUAUCCACAGGUUGAAGCCUAUAAACCCACCUCAGUUCAGCAAUGCCCAUUUCGAUUCUCUUCAGAUUUCUGCUGAUUCUUCUCAGCAACAGCAACGGCGUGCCGACCUCGAGAAACCCACCUCUGUUUUAGUCAUGGAGAGCCAAGAAGAGGAUCAAUCUGAGGAUGGUUUUCUUGAGUUUCUUACGAUCAAGGGUAAGAUGAUGUUCAAUUCGAUUUUGGAGUUGCCUUUGCAUGGUUUGAAUGCUUUCUUUGAUUCCGCCAAGCAUGAGUUGCUUGAAGUUGAUUUGAUUAGUCUAUUGAAAGCAUUAGACCUCUCGGGCAAUUGGGAGAAAUCCCUUUUGUUGUUUGAAUGGGUUGCGUUGAACUCGUACCCUGAAAAUUUGAAACUGAACAAUCAGAUUAUUGAACUGAUGGUUAGGAUUCUUGGAAGAGAGUCACAGCAUACUAUUGCAUCAAAGCUGUUCGAUGUAAUUCCUGUUGAGGAAUUUUCACUCGAUAUCCGAGCCUCUACCACUAUAAUUCAUGCAUUUUCUCGCACUGGCAAGUAUGAGAAGGCGAUUGCGAUGUUUGAGCAAAUGAAGGAGACGGGUCUCUCUCCAACUUUGGUUACUUACAAUGUCAUGCUUGACGUUUAUGGAAAGAUGGGACGGUCCUGGGAUAAUAUUUUAGCUCUCCUGGAUGAGAUGAGAAGUAAAGGACUAGAGUUCGAUGAGUUUACAUGUAGUACUGUGAUAUCUGCUUGUGGGAGAGAGGGUAUGUUAAAGGAGGCAAAAGAGUUCUUUGCUGGAUUGAAGUUGCGUGGCUAUGUCCCAGGAACGGUUACUUAUAAUUCAUUGUUACAAGUUUUUGGUAAGGCAGGGAUAUACUCCGAGGCCUUAAGCAUCUUAAAAGAAAUGGAGGAUAACAAGUGUCCACCUGACUUGGUAACUUACAAUGAACUUGUGACAGCUUAUGUGAGGGCAGGAUUUUAUGAAGAGGGCGCUGCGGUUAUAGACACAAUGACCCAGAAUGGAGUAAUGCCAAAUGCUAUUACAUACACAACUGUAAUAAAUGCAUAUGGCAAAGCAGGAAGGGAGGAUAAGGCUCUAAGGUUAUUCUACCAGAUGAAGGAGACUGGUUGUGUUCCUAAUGUUUGCACAUACAAUGCUGUCCUUGGGAUGCUAGGGAAGAAGUCACGAUCGGAAGAGAUGAUAAGAAUACUCUGCGACAUGAAGUUGAAUGGAUGUGCCCCUAACCGUAUUACAUGGAACACAAUGCUCGCCGUGUGUGGUCAUAAGGGUAAGUGCAAGUAUGUGAGCCGGGUGUUUCGGGAAAUGAAGAACUGUGGUUUUGAGCCUGAUAGAGACACAUUCAAUACUUUGAUUAGUGCAUAUGGACGGUGUGGGUCGGAAAUGGAUGCUUCACAGAUGUAUGAUGAGAUGACUAAAGUAGGGUUUACUCCAUGUGUUGCAACUUACAAUGCACUUCUGAAUGCUCUGGCCCGUCAAGGAGACUGGAAAGCAGCAGAAUCUGUUAUUCAAGACAUGAAAAACAAAGGGUUCAAGCCUAAUGAAACUUCGUAUUCAUUGAUGCUCAACUGCUAUGCAAAGGGAGGAAAUAUAAAAGGGAUACAGAGCAUUGAAAAAGAAAUUUAUAAUGGUCAUAUUUUUCCUAGCUGGGUUCUUUUGAGAACCCUUGUUCUUGCAAAUUUCAAGUGUAGAUCACUGAAGGGUAUGGAAAGGGCAUUUCAGAAAUUGCAAGAGAACGGAUAUAAACCCGAUCUAGUUCUGUUCAAUUCUAUGCUUUCAAUUUUUGCAAGAAACAACAUGUGCAACCGGGCCCAUGAGAUGCUGCACUUGAUUCAUGAAAAUGGCCUGCAGCCGGACCUUGUCACCUACAAUAGCUUGAUGGACAUGUAUGCUAGACGUGGAGAGUGUUGGAAAGCAGAAGAAAUCCUUAAAGGACUACAAAAAGCUCGUGGGAAACCAGACCCAGACCUUGUAUCCUAUAACACAGUUAUUAAAGGAUUUUGCAGGGAAGGACUUAUGCAGGAGGCUAUUCGAAUUCUCUCAGAGAUGACAACUAGAGGGAUUCGGCCAUGUAUUUUCACCUACAAUACUUUUGUUACAGGCUAUGUUGGGAAGGGAAUGUUUUCAGAAGUAGAUGAAGUGAUUAGAUAUAUGAUCCAAAACAAUUGCAAACCCAACGAGCUAACAUACAAGAUCGUGGUGGAUGGUUAUUGUAAGGCAGGAAGAUAUCAAGAAGCCUUGAACCUUGUCUUAAAUAUCAAGGAGAUUGACAAUUCUUUUGAUGAUCAAUCUUUGCAAAGACUUGCUUCACGCAUUAGGAAUUUGGAGUAGUGAAUUCUUUUGCUUGUUGCUUGGGUACAGCUGUGGUAGGUCAAUCUUGAGAAGAAAUAGUCAAGGCCAAUUUGCUUUGGUACUCUGUAAUAUCAUGGUAAAUCUUGUAAUCAGAAUUAUAUACAUUAAUAUAGAGGAGGAGGAUAUACAUUUGGUCUCA